AUGGCGGCGCCCGGUGAGGGCCGAGCGGGCAGGGGCUCCUCAGCGUUCCUGAGCACCGAGGGCGGUCCUGUCGCCUUUCCCUUGGCCGUCCCGCACGGCGCCGCGGGCUCGGGGGAGCCGGCCAAGAAGCCGUGCCGAGCCUGCACGGAUUUCAAGAGCUGGCUCCGCCAGCAGAGGCAGCGGGCGGGCCCCGGAACCGGGCUGGCGGUGGCGGAGGAGAAGGAGCCCCCACCCGACUGUCCCCUGGACAGCGAGCAGCUGGGCCGCAGCACUUGGGCGUUCCUGCACACUAUGGCAGCUUACUACCCUGACCGCCCCACUGGUGCCCAGCAGAGGGAGAUGAGAGACUUCAUCAACCUCUUCUCCAAGUUCUACCCCUGUGAGCACUGCGCUGAGGACCUGAGGGAAAGGUUACAUACGAACCAGCCUGACACCAGCAGCAGGAGCAACUUCUCCCAGUGGCUGUGUGUGCUGCACAAUGAGGUAAACAGGAAGCUGGGGAAGUCAGAAUUCGACUGCUCCCGUGUGGAUGAGCGCUGGAGAGAUGGUUGGAAGGAUGGCAGCUGUGGGUAACCCAGAGAGGCUGCCCUGGGAACC